AUGAUCUUCGAAUUCCAGAAAUUUCUAGUUUUUUCCAUCAUUUUCAGCCAAAUUUUGGGGAUUUCUGAAACUUGUGGAAAUGUCAAUUCACAAGUUGAAACUACAACAAAAAAUACGACAGUUGAUGAUGGUUCUAAGAAGAAACGGUCAAUUUCAGAAGAUUUUCAGAUUCUAGAAAUUAUAAUUGCUGAAAAUUCGGCUGAAAAUCUGAAAAUCAUUGCUCAGGCUAAAGAAUUGUUUGAAAAUUCGCAAAUUAUUGAGAUGAAAACCGCGGAAAAUGUGACGAUUUAUAGAUUUCGAUUUGAGAAUCUGCAGGAUUGUCAGGAAUUGGAGAGGUGGGUUUUGCCGCGAAAAUUACUGUAGUUACAGUACUUCUAGCGCUAAAAUCCAAAAUUUUCAGAAAAAUCGGCGAACUCAAGGAAAAUCUCACAGAAGAUCAGGAAAACGACAUAAAAUUCAAUAUUUUUUGCUGA